AUGGAGCCCGCCGGCCUCGUCAUUGGGGUCGCUGGGCUCGCUGGGCUCUUCAACGCCUGCCUGGAAGCCGUUGACAAGGUGCAAUCCUACCAAACAUUCGGAACUGACUCGCAUGUUCUAGAUACUCGAUUCAAGGCUGCCAAAACCCGCUUCGAGCGAUGGGGCCCGGGUGUGGGGAUCAAGCAAGGCAAGCUGCUCCCCAAUCAUCACCCUGUUCUAGACGACAAUGACACAUCUGCGGUGGUGACGGACUUGCUACAUAUAAUCAUCAAGACUAUUUGCGAUGCGAGCAACUCGCCCCAACGCCGUACUCGGGCCACCGGGCCAGAGGUCGAUGACUCGUCGGGCUUGCACGAGCCGGGGCUCCCCUUCGCAGCGGCGUCACGGUCGAGGCGGGGGAAGAUGUUCUGGGCGCUCUGGGGCAAAAGAGGACGCGUCGAGCAAGUCGAAUUAUUCGAAAAACUAGUGCAAGAACUGCACUACCUGGUGCCCCCGACUACUGGGGAGAGGACUCCAGGUCACACAUGGCCUGCCGAGAUACGACAGAUUCUGGCUCGGAUCGAAGGUGAAGUUAGAGCCGAGACACGACGGGAACUCCACUCCUGGCUCGGCCGCUCUCUAAACGAACGUUACCACGACUCCCUCGAAAAAAGACUGAUCGGCACGUGCAAUUGGAUCCUCGACCGGCCCGUGUUUCAGCACUGGCUGUCGACAGAGUUCUCCGCGGGGCCAAAGCUGCUGUGGGUAAAUGGACCUGCGGGGUUUGGGAAGACGAUUCUCUGCGCCCACGUCGUCGAACAUCUCUCGUCCAUCCUCAACACGCCCGUCUCCCAUUUUUUCUUUACAUCCGACCACGAGAGCCGCGAAGACCCCUUCUUGGCCCUACGGUUAUGGAUCUCCCAGAUCGUGUCACGUCAUGAGGGUGCAUUCGAGCACGUUCGCCAGAAGUGGGAGUCUGACUCAGAUCCUGUCGCAACACGCUUCACUGUCAUAUCGCUCUUCACGCAACUCCUCCACGCCAUCCCUGGCUGCACGUUCGUUGCGGAUGGCCUGGACGAAUGUACCUCGUUAGGUAACACUAACACUUCGGUUGCGAAAUUUCUCCACGAUAUCACAAAUGCGGUUGCCGGGACGAACGCCCGACUGCUUGUUGUGAGUCGCGACGAGCCCGAGAUCCGACGCGCCCUCAUAAACGACGCGCGCGAGAGCUUUGCCCAGUACAGGAUCGUGCCCGAAGACGUCCGAUCCGAUACUGCCGCCUACUCUCAAUCCAUUGUCGACAGGAAACUCCCCAAUAAGAGCGACGAUAUCCGGUCGACUCUUUCCGAAGCAAUGACCAAUCGAUGCCAAGGCCAAUUCCUUUGGCUUAAAAUGCAAGAGGAAUCCCUGAGGAGAGGGAUGAACAAAAAACAACUUCAGAGCGCUAUUGAAAACACGCCAACUGGGCUUGACCAUCUCUACGACCGCAACUGGACUAGAAUCACCCGAUUAGGAGAGUGGGAGAAGCACCGUGCAUUCGCCCUUCUGCGCUGGACUGCAUUCGCACUACGGCCCCUGACUGUCUGUGAGAUCACUGAAGCCGUCCUCAUCGUCGAGUUUGAAGGCCUGCCAUUGGACGAUCUCCCUGAUGCGGUGGAUGACGAUUACGUCGACAGUGAGAUAAUUGGCCUCUGUGGCCCUCUCUUAGAGGUCAGGAAUGACCCCACCGAUCCUUCCGUGGGCCGAAGGACAGUGCAUCUACCGCACUUUACCGUCCGACAAUUCCUGCUUCGCCAGCUCCCUACACCAGAUUGGAUCCAACAGAACAAUCGCUUGCAAAUUUCUCAUGAGAAGGUUCAGAAUACCGUCCUUGCUAAAGCUUGCCUUCAGUAUGUCAGCUUGCGUCAGGUUUGGGGUGACGGUAGCUAUGAUCCCUCCUCUCUUGGUCUGUCGUUGCGAAGCUACGCGGCAACGGCCUGGCAUCGACAUGUACAUUUAGGCGUGCGCAACGAGGCCGAAAUAGCCAAGCUCUGCAUCAAAUUUCUCGACCUAGACAAUCCCAACUGGGAAGCUUGGAGAUCGUUGAUCGAGCCAGGGAAAGUAGGACAAAGAAACAAAGAAGCCGAGGCCAUCCCACCUGGUCCGCUCUACUACGCAAUAAAGCUGCACUUGAACGACGUGGCAAUUGCUCUAGUCACUGAACAAAGCGCGAAUGAGAGCAGCAGUUUGGGAAGGUCACCUCUUGGCGUCGCUUGCGCUAAUGGGUGCAUUGACGUUGUUGACGUGCUUCUCAAGAAAGGGGCCGACCUUACGGUUACAAAUCGCAAUGGAUGGACACCUCUGCAUGCAGCAUCAUAUAAUGGACACGAACAUGUUGUCGAUCUCUUACUUGAUCGUGGUUGCAGUGCGGACCUCAGGGAUAAAGAAGGUCGCACACCUCUAUCGUGUGCUGCUGAGAAAGGACACGAGCCAAUAGUGAGGCGACUUCUCGCUAUGAAUGCUGUCGAUGUGAACGCGAGGCGUACUGUUUACCCAAAGUCGGUCUUUUAUGGGGUAUGGUGUGAUGACAAAGAGAUUGCGAAGUUCUUGUUUCCUAUGGACGACAGUCCGAGACUUGGUUGUUUUGGCUCCCUCCUACCUUCAGUAAACUCGGGCGACAUCCCUAUGGUCAAUUUAAUGAAAGCCCUUAGGCACCUUAAAGGUGCUGAGGUCGAAGCGAUCAAAUCUGGUCAUACCUCUGUUUUAAUCGAGGCACCCGACAUCUGUAACAAAGUGGAGCUGGUGCUUGCUAGAGACGUCAAUAUUAAGACUGGAACAACUCCGCUCCACCUAGCAGCUCAGAAUGGCCAUGCCACGGUGGUCAGGACAUUGCUUGAAGUGAGAGGCAUUGCCACGGAGCCCGUGGAUGAGUCUAAUCGAACUCCCCUGUUGCUUGCCGCAGCGGCUGGGUACGAGGCGGUGGUCAGACUUCUCCUUGGGGCAAAUGGUGUCAAUCCAAAUUUCAUGGACGGGUACUAUCAGACGCCGCUCUCCCUGGCUGUGAGAUACGGGCAUGAGGCCGUAACCAAGCUUUUGUUGGAUAAUGGCAACGGAAUUUUACAAGAUGAAGUGCGUAAGCGAACUUAG